GUUCCUCUCUAAUCUCCCUCCCCUUCCUCUGCUCUUCAUUUCUAGCUGAAAAGGAUGUUUAGAAAGGGAAACACUAGAAAACACAGCUUCAACUCACAAAGAAACACCAAAGCCAAAAGCUUUUAUCAGUAAAAAGGAAGAAGAAAUUGGGUUAUAAGCAGAGGGAAAGAGAGAGAUGGUAGGGGCAGGGUCAGCUGUGGUGAAUACAUACCCUUUAUCAAGCUACACAUUUGGUACUAAAGAGCCCAAGAUGGAGAAAGACACUUCUGUUGCUGAUCGACUUGCUCGCAUGAAAGUAAAUUAUAUGAAAGAGGGGAUGAGGACAAGUGUGGAAGCUAUUUUGCUGGUACAGGAACACAAUCAUCCUCACAUACUUCUUCUGCAAAUUGGAAACACAUUCUGCAAACUUCCUGGUGGGCGUUUGAAGCCUGGAGAGAAUGAAAUUGAGGGUUUGAAAAGAAAGCUGACAAGCAAACUUGGGGCUAACUCACCUGCUCUUGUGCCAGACUGGCAGAUUGGUGAAUGUGUGGCUAUCUGGUGGAGGCCAAACUUUGAAACCAUUAUGUAUCCAUAUUGCCCUCCACACAUAACAAAGCCCAAGGAAUGCAAGAAACUUUACCUUGUUCACUUAUCUGAAAGAGAGUACUUUGCAGUGCCGAAAAAUCUGAAAUUGCUUGCUGUGCCAUUGUUUGAGCUCUAUGAUAAUGUGCAGAGAUAUGGGCCAGUCAUUUCGACCAUUCCUCAACAGCUUUCAAGAUUCCAGUUCAACAUGAUUACUACUACUUGAAAUUUGCUCACAGGAUACACCUUUAUGAUAGUCCGCAAUUAGUGGAGGCUAUUGGCAACAUAACAUUUUGGUGUAAUAUUUGUGAUUUUCUCAUACAUGAUUGUAACUGUAACUUGUAAGCCGGGGGGGGGGGGGUUUAUUGGAUCAAGGAAGAAUGGGAGAUCUUAAUUUUCUUCCGUAGAAAACUUUGUAUUA